AUGCAGCAGCCAAAUACAGAUAUCCGUGACAAAAUUCUUCCUCAUCAUGUGUUCCAACUCCAGUCCAUCGUCGAUUCCCUGACAGUGUCACGCGGAUGGUCACUAAGUACACUUAGAGGCCAUAUUCUUAGUCCUCCGGCGCGGGGAUUCCGACCAAGACGAGACGUCGAUCUCUUCCUGGAUCGGAACAACGAGAUGAUUGGCUCAGGAUAUCUGAACGGAGUGGAUGUGCUCAGGCAACUGUUAGAAAAAGAUAGCAUACUGCACGCAGACCCAAAUCGCCAUCAAGCACAGUCCGAGUUGCUCCAGGGCGUUCAAGAGGACUUUAUUAAUUGGCUAGGGGAAUCCAACUACAUGCACGGCUUGCAGACCAUCCCUCUGUCUUGCUUCUCCAGCACAAACGGCCUCUGGGAAUAUUCACCGUUCCUCUGUGGUGUUGGUCUAAUAGAGGGCCUGGAAAUUACGUACCUCCUGAACAUGAAGAUCUGGGAUCGAAUCCCCGAGCCCGUGUUGCUAAUACACCUUCAUAAUAUGCUGCUACAGAAAGGUUAUAUUACAAAGCCGAUUGGAUUAUACGCAUCCCUUGAGGAACUCUUUCCAAGCUCAUUCUUUAGUGCUGGCAAAGUCCCCACAUCGAACUUUGCCGGGGCUCUUCUUGCGCGGAUAAACGAAACUGGAUCCCGCCGGCUUAUUUUCGAACGAAAGGCUACUGCGCGAACUGCCGCCCGUUCUGCUGUAGACAUUCACGGCCUCUUGGAUGUCAAUGCGAAUCGCUUCUUCAGGACCAAGUCAACUCUGACUCUCUAUCGACAGGUUGACUGGGACCCUGAGCGCAUUGCUGACAGCGACAUUCGCGUGACCUCUUUCUUGGGCAUGGCCCGCCUUGGCCAAAAGAAGCAGCUUAUCGGUCCGAUGACAGGCGAAAGACGACUGGAAGAUACCGAAUUAGUCAACCGUGCGAGAGCCCAAGGUAUGGACGAAUUGGCCCUUUUAGACUUGUUAUCUCUACUAGGCCGGCUGAAAGCAAACGAUGAUGUGCGUCUCCCGGAAAAUUUACUUGGUUCUUCUUCCAAGGGACAACGGCUGCCGGAACUCAGCAAGAGAACUGGUGGGGCCACGCAUCCGAAUGACGUGCACAAUGACCUCAAAGUUACAGGACAAAAGCUGUUAGAGCUUCUGAAAUGGGACAUCUUCGCAGAUGUAUGCGGUGAACAGCCACUGUUAAGUCUUAACUACGUCUGGGUUACGGCGCGCUUUAUAAUGCUCUUCAUGCAAAUAGAGGAGGAGUUGCGCCGGCUGAAAAACCCGCUGUACGUGCGCGCCUACGAGACUGAGCGCGAGUGGAGAUGGCAUAAGAGGGUCGGGCUUACAAUGAUGGCGCUGUCAGGGGAGGAUAAUGAGUGCUUGCAGACGAUGGCGAGGGAGUUCCAGAACCCGCGAGUAGGCUUUAUGACUCAUAUCUACUGGAAGGAUAUCGAGGAAAUGGGGACCAGGAUAAAAAGCCUCAAUCAGCGCACAAAGACGAAUGAGGGAGUAGACGGGUGCGUUGUGAUGUAG